CUGAAAUAUAGUUCGUUCUCCACUUUAAAUUUCUUUAAAUUUGAUUAUUAUAAAAUUGUUGAAGGUCCAACUUUGCAAUUUAGAUUCAUUUGAAGUUAUUUGGAUGUAAAUAUGACUUGGAAAGUCUGUCGUUUACGAAAAGCGGAUUAAUUUACUUGUCAAACAGCUGGUAAAUGUAGUCCACAAGAGAAACUAUGAAGUGGAAAUGACAAUAACAUUUGGCCGAUCUCGCAAAUAUGCUAGUCAAUUACCUUAAUUUUGGACACUUUACAAGAGAGUUAGUCAAUGUGUCAUCUCAAGGCUGGGGUUAACUAAGCAGACAGUUCUAAAUUCAUUUAUAAUUAUUAUUAUUCGGCAUAAAAUGAUCGACAACUCUGACACAUUUCAUGUGCUGAAACAUGUACUUUCAUAUCAUCUGGUAUCGCUGGUGGUUAUUUCACGUUAAUAUUUGUAGAUAACAUUUAGUAGAGACGCGUGUGUGUGUUUGGACUUAAUUAGUAUGCAGAAAAGACCCGAAUACGAAAAAAGUGAAGAUCAAAGUAGACGUAAAACAAGUGGAAGAAGCAUGCACACGUCUAGAACACCAGGCCAACCAGGCUCCAGCAAUUCUGGGGUUCUUAUGGUUGGACCAAACUUUAGAGUUGGCAAGAAAAUAGGGCAUGGCAACUUCGGCGAAAUACGCCUUGGAAAGAAUUUGUACAAUAAUGAACAUGUGGCCAUAAAAUUGGAGUCGAUGAAGUCUAGAGCUCCACAACUUCACUUAGAAUACAGAUUUUAUAAACAGCUAGGUCAAGCAGAGGGGAUUCCAAAUGUGUAUUAUUUUGGACCAUGUGGGAAGUAUAAUGCCUUGGUAUUAGAGUUACUAGGACCUAGUCUAGAAGAUCUGUUUGAUUUAUGUGACAGAAAAUUCUCUCUAAAGACUGUCUUGAUGAUAGCUAUACAACUGCUCACAAGAAUGGAAUUUGUGCAUUCUAAACAUUUAAUAUAUAGGGAUGUUAAACCAGAAAAUUUCUGUAUAGGACGACAGUCUACGAAGAAACAGCAUAUUAUUCAUAUAAUUGACUUUGGUCUUGCAAAGGAAUAUAUAGACCCUGAAACACAUAAACAUAUUCCAUAUAGGGAGCAUAAAAGUCUCACAGGAACUGCCAGAUACAUGAGUAUAAAUACUCAUUUAGGCAAAGAACAAAGUAGACGAGAUGAUUUAGAAGCAUUAGGUCACAUGUUUAUGUACUUCCUGAGAGGAAGUUUACCGUGGCAAGGUUUAAAAGCUGAUACACUCAAAGAGAGAUAUCAGAAAAUUGGAGAUACAAAGAGAGCUACUCCAAUAGAAGUUUUAUGUGAAAACUUUCCAGAUGAACUUGCCACAUAUUUAAGAUAUGUACGACGAUUGGAUUUUUUUGAAACGCCAGAUUAUGAUUACUUGCGGAAGUUGUUCACCGACCUUAUGGAAAAAAUGAAUUAUAGUGUAGAUUGGGAAUAUGAUUGGACUGGAAGACAGCCAACCCCAUCUGACACAUCAGCACCACCCCGACAAGAUGACCCUAAGGUGAAGCAACAUAAGACAAAUACAUAUCAAUCUGGUAACGCAUGGGGUGAACCCCGGCACACCGGAAAUUAUCUGGGUGCCAACCUUGCUGCCGAUAGACUAGGGGGAUCUGUACAGAUUCCAGAAAAACGAGACUUACGAAUGAGAAAUCAGGUGGUGAACUCAACAAAUGGUGACCUUGCCCCUGAUGACCCAACAGGUGCUCAAUCUAACACACCUUUCAACAACCAGGGACAGAGAGAUGAAGAUCAAAGUGAAACAAAGUGCUGCUUCUUCAGACGGAGAAAGAAAAAGAAGAGUCGACGAUAAAGACAUACAUAAACAAACAAACAUGGCUGUCCAUGACUUCUAUAAAUGCUGACAGAGAUCUGUAUCAUUGUGAUAAACUCAAGCUUUACUGUCAUAUUGUUGUUCACCAUUUUACAGUGCUUACCAUUUAUUUUCUCUUAUUUCUAAAAUAACACUUACGAGGUUUUGGGUAAUAAUAAAAUGUUUUUGUACCACUCUUAAACAUUAUAUCAAAAUGUUACAAACUUGUAUGCACAUAGCUCUUUUUAUAUAUUUGAUGUGUUAUAUGGAUUUUAAGAAUUUAUUGAAAUUACAUAGAAGAAAGUUUCAGUUGUAAAUAUUUUAUUAAAAUGGCUGAAAAUUACAAGCUGUCUCUUACAGAAUGUAUCAAUUACCAUUCAGAAUGUUUCAAGAAAGCCAUAAAAAAUGAAGUUCAGCCUUGUAAUUUCCUCUUUUCUCAUGAUGCAGUUACUGCCUUUCAUUACUGAAUGGUUUCCAUGUUUGGGUGUGAAUAGCAUGUUAUACAAUGUAUAAAGUGAAAGUGAAAGUGUUUAAUUUUGUAUUUUAAAUUCAAAUUUCAAUGAUGUUUUUUUUUAAUAUAUAUAUAAAUUAUAGGCAAAGUAUUUAAAAUUAUUGUAAAGGGAAGUAACUGCUACUGCAUAACAAGGUUAUAACAUGUGCUGAGAAAAGAGGGAGUUAACCAGUGAAGUAAAGCUUGGGAACAUUAUAAACUUCAUUGCUCAUUAUACAUUUCGUAAUGGGCUAUGAAACAAAUAUGCCAAUAUUUUUACUAUUGAUAUAUUAUAAGCAUAUAUGUGAGUAAUCUUUUUUGUUAUUAGUGAAAUUCCCCCAAAAUACUAUAAAAUGUCAAAAUAAAAAAAAAGACUGCUUGUUUUUAUUGUAUCUCUUUGAUACAGAUGCUGUUGUUUCACAAACAAGAAAAAAGUAAAAAAGAGAGGAGUAAAAAGUCGCAAAUGACACAUGGGCGUGGACCAAGAAAUAGAUACAGUUCCAUUGUAUUGUGAAGAGGAUGUACUUACAUUUGACACUGGACAUCCAACCGUCAUUACACUCCAGGGAAUAGCUAAUCAUUCUUACUUGUAAUGCUCAAAACUUGUGGUUGCAGUUUUGCUACCUCACUGAACUCUUUUUUCAUUAAAGCAUUUAUCAGCUUAUCUUCUGUUAAUGGGAUUUGAUUUUGUAAUGUGUGACCUAGUAAGCUCACAUCAGAUCAAAUUGUUUCCAAGCGUGAUUCAUGUUUUUCACAGAAUUAAGUGCUAAUUCAACAUUUAGUCAUUAUGACAUUAAAUAUUCAGUGCUUUAAGUCCUAUUUGAAAUGAAAUAUAUAAUUAAAAGAUUUCAGAAAAAAAUUGCUAUUAAAAA